UUUUAAAGGAGAAAAAAAGUUUGGCGAGGAACUCACUUUUGUUCUGCUAUGUAAAUAAGUUUUAAAAUAAUUUGUAAGUAAGAAAAAAUGUGGAGAACUUUUUUCUUCAGACACUUCCCAGGUUCCUUGGAAUAAAUUGUGUGAGAAGUUUGAGGUUUUUGUGUUAUCUCUUAUAGUUUUAAAAUUUUUUGAUGUUACAUAGGUGAAUCACAUACUGAUUUUAUUAUCGUAGAUAACCCAGUUACAUAGUAAGUGUUUACAGUCACUUAGUAUUUUACAACCUCAACUGUAGUUAUAAAGUAAGUAUUCCACAUACCUCCUAACAGUUCCUUGAAGAUGGAGCUAGUCUGGCAUUUAGUCCUUAUUGUCCUCCUAAGUUUUUCUUGUUGGGGGUUAGACUGGGAAUCUGAUAGAAACUUCAUUUCAGCUGCUGGUCCUCUAACCAGCGACUUGCUACGCAACCUGAGGGGUCCACUGGGAAACCAGGAUUCUCCCUUUGUAACAGGAGACAAGGAAAUUUAUGUUUGUCGCCAACCACUGCCCUCUUUCCUGCCAGAGUACUUUAGCAGUGUUCGUGCCAUUAUGAUCACUCAUUACAAAGUAUUUCUGCCGUGGGCACAGCUACUCCCAGAAGGAACCUCCAAGAACCCAGACAAGGAAACAGUGCAGUGCUACCGGCAACUCCUUGAGGCCCUCAAGAGUGCUCAGCUUCAGCCCCUGGUGGUCCUGCACCACCAGACUCUUCCUGCCAGCACCGUCCAGAGAACUGAGGCCUUUGCUGAUCUCUUUGCUGACUAUGCCUCCUUCAUCUUCCACUCCUUUGGGGACCUAGUUGAGAUCUGGUUCACUUUUAGUGACUUGGAGGAAGUGAUAAUGGAGCUUCCCCACCAGGAAUCAAGAUCUUCUCGUCUCCAGAUCCUCACUGAUGCCCACAGAAAAGCCUAUGAGGUUUUCCAUGAAAAAUAUGCUUCUCAAGGCCAAAAGCUUUCUGUGGUCCUGCGAGCCCAGGUGGUCUCCGAGCUCCUACUAGAACCGUCUACGUCUGCACUUGCCAAGGACGCAGUUGACUUCCUCUCUCUAGAUUUAUCUUAUGGAUGCCAAAGUGAGGCAGGUUUCCGGCAGAAGCUGAAUCAAUUGCAGACUAUUGAGCCAAAAGUGGAAGUUUUCAUCUUCAAUCUGAAACUCCAGGACUGCCUCUCCACAAAGAAGAACCCAGCUGAUCUGUUCUUCAGCCUUCUCACAGCCAUAAGUGAAGAACAAGUGCUCACCAUUGGGUUUGAUCUUAGUACAUUCCUGAGCUGUUCAUCAAGUUCCAAGAAAAGCUGGUCUUGUUCUCUGACUGACAACCUGACCCUCCAGACUCUCCUGCAGCUGGACCCGGAGACAGCAGUAGACUCCUCUCUGCCCCACUCAACCUAUCAGAGAGUCUGGGAAAUGUUUGCCAACCAGUCCAGGGCAGAAAGGGAUGCUUUCCUGCAGGAUGUUUUUCCUGAGGGUUUCCUCUGGGGCGUCUCCACAGGGGCUUUUAAUGUGGAAGGAGGCUGGGCCGAGGACGGAAGAGGGGCGAGCAUCUGGGACAGAGUCGGGCACCAGAACACUGGCAAGGGCCAAGCAACGCCAGAGGUGGCCAGUGACAGUUACCACAAGGUGGACACUGACGUCGCCCUGCUUCGUGGCCUCCGGGCCCAGGUCUACAAGUUCUCCAUCUCCUGGUCCCGCAUCUUCCCCACUGGGCAGGGGCAGAGCCCCAACCUCCGGGGCGUCGCCUACUACAACAUGCUGAUCGACAGGCUGCUGGACUCGCACAUCGAGCCCAUGGCCACGCUGUCCCACUGGGACCUGCCUCAGGCCCUGCAGGAUCGCGGCGGGUGGCAGAAUGAGAGCAUGGUGGAUACCUUCCUGGACUAUGCGGCCUUCUGCUUCUCCACAUUUGGGGACCGUGUGAAGCUGUGGGUGACCUUCCACGAGCCGUGGGUGAUGAGCUACGCGGGCUACGGCACCGGCCAACACGCACCGGGCAUCUCCAACCCAGGGGUGGCCUCUUUUAAGGUGGCUCACGUGGUCCUCAAGGCUCAUGCCAGGGCUUGGCACCACUACAACAGCCAACAUCGCCCACAGCAGCAGGGGCGGGUAGGCAUUGUACUGAACUCAGACUGGGCAGAGCCCCUGUCCCCAGGGAGGCCUGAGGACCGGAGAGCCUCUGAACGCUUCCUGCACUUCAUGCUGGGCUGGUUUGCACACCCCAUCUUUGUGGAUGGAGACUACCCGGCUGCCCUGAGAGCCCAGAUCCAACAGAUGAACAAACGGUGCCCCAGUCCUGUGGUCCAGCUCCCUAAGUUCACCGAGGCAGAGAAGCAGCUCCUGAAGGGCUCCGCUGACUUUCUGGGUCUGUCCCAUUACACUUCCCGCCUCAUCAGCAAGGCCCAAGGAGAUACCUGCGUCCCCAGCUAUGAUACCAUUGGAGGCUUCUCCCAACACGUGGACCCUGCGUGGCCCCAGACCGAAUCCCCUUGGAUUCGUGUGGUACCCUGGGGUAUAAGGAGGCUGUUGCAGUUUGUAUCCUUGGAAUACACAAGAGGCAAAGUUCCAAUCUACCUGGCUGGGAAUGGCAUGCCCAUAGGGGAAAGUGAAGAUCUCAUCAAUGAUUCCUUGAGAAUAGACUACUUCAAUCAAUAUAUCAACGAGGUGCUCAAGGCUGUCAAGGAGGACUCAGUGGAUGUUCAAUCUUACAUUGCUCGUUCCCUCAUCGACGGCUUCGAAGGCCCCUCUGGGUACAGCCAGAGGUUUGGGCUGUACCAUGUCAACUUCAACGACAGCAGCAGGCCAAGGACUCCCAGGAAAUCUGCCUACUUUUUCACCAGCAUGAUUGAAAAGAACGGUUUCCUCACCAAGGUAGUAAAAAGACUGCCACCACCCAGUAAAGCAAACGUCCCCCGGAAAAUCAGAGCCUUCACGUUUCCAUCCGAGGUACCCUCCAAGGCUAAAGUAGUCUGGGAAAAGUUCUCCAACCAACCCAAGUUUGAAAGAGAUUUGUUCUACCACGGCACGUUCCGGGAUGACUUCCUGUGGGGCGUGUCCUCGUCAGCCUAUCAGAUUGAAGGAGCUUGGGAUGCUGACGGCAAAGGCCCCAGCAUCUGGGAUAAUUUUACCCACACACCAGGGAGCAACGUGAAAAACAGUGCUACUGGAGACAUAGCCUGUGACAGCUAUAACCAUCUGGAUGCUGAUCUGAAUAUGCUUCGAGCUUUGAAGGUGAAGGCCUAUCGCUUCUCCAUCUCCUGGUCUCGGAUUUUCCCGACUGGAAGAAACACUUCUGUCAACAUACGUGGUGUUGAUUAUUACAACAGGCUGAUUGAUGGCUUGGUGGCAAGCAGCAUCUCUCCCAUGGUGACACUGUUCCACUGGGACCUGCCCCAGGCCCUCCAGGAUAUUGGUGGCUGGGAGAAUCCUUCCUUGAUUGAGUUGUUUAACAGCUAUGCAGACUUUUGUUUCCAGACCUUUGGUGACAGAGUCAAGUUCUGGAUGACUUUUAACGACCCCACAUCCCAGGCAUGGUUGGGGUAUGGCUCAGGGGAAUUUCCCCCAAAUGUGAACGACCCAGGCUGGGGACCUUACAGAAUUGGCCAUGCAAUCAUCAAAGCUCAUGCCAGAGUCUAUCACACUUACGAUGAGAAGUACAGGCAAGAGCAGAAGGGGGUCAUCUCUUUGAGCCUCGGUGCACACUGGGCAGAGCCCAAGUCGCCGGGGGUCCCCAGGGAUGUGGAGGCAGCUGACCGAAUGCUGCAGUUCUCACUGGGCUGGUUCGCCCACCCCAUCUUCCGAAACGGAGACUAUCCCGAUGCCAUGAAGUGGAAAGUGGGGAACAGGAGUGAACUACAGCACUUAGCCACCUCCCGCCUGCCCAGCUUCACUGAGGAAGAGAAGAGGUACAUCUCAGCUACGGCCGACGUGUUUUGCCUCAACACCUACUCCUCCAGAAUCGUGCGGUAUGCAACACCCAGGUUAAACCCGCCCUCCUAUGAAGAUGAUCGGGAGCUGACCAAGAGGGAAGACUCUUCCUGGCCCUCCACGGCAGUGAACAGAGCUGCAUCCUGGGGGAUGCGAAGACUGCUCAACUGGAUCAAGGAAGAGUACGGGGACGUCCCCAUUUACAUCACUGAAAACGGAGCAGGGCUGACAGAUCCGAAAGUGGAAGAUACCAAUAGGAUAUUUUACCACAAAACCUAUAUCAAUGAAGCUUUGAAAGCCUACAGGCUCGACGGUGUUGACCUUCGAGGAUAUGCUGCAUGGUCCCUGAUGGACAGUUUUGAGUGGCUAAAUGGCUACACGGUCAAGUUUGGACUGUACCAUGUUGAUUUCAAUAACGUGAACAGGCCUCGCACAGCAAGAGCCUCUGCCAGGUACUACACGGAGGUCAUCAUCAGUAACGGCAUGCCGCUGCCCAAGGAAGACGAGUUUCUCUAUGGACAGUUUCCCAAGGGCUUCAGCUGGAGUGUGGCUACCGCUUCAUAUCAGAUCGAAGGUGCGUGGAGAGCAGAUGGCAAAGGGCUCAGUAUUUGGGACACCUUUUCUCACACACCACUGAGUGUUGGGAAUGAUGACACCGGAGACGUGGCCUGUGACAGUUAUCACAAGAUUGCCGAGGAUGUGGUCGCCCUGCAGAACCUGGGUGUGACCCACUAUCGCUUUUCCAUCUCUUGGACUCGCAUCCUCCCUGACGGAACUACCAAAUACAUCAAUGAAGCAGGCCUGAACUACUACAUGCGGCUCAUCAACGCGCUGCAGGCUGCCAGCAUCCAGCCCCAGGUGACCAUUUACCACUGGGACCUGCCGCAGGCACUCCAGGACAUCGGAGGCUGGGAGAAUGAGACGGUUGUACAGCGGUUUAAGGAGUAUGCAGAUGUGCUCUUCCAGAGGCUGGGGGACAAGGUGAAGUUCUGGAUCACACUGAACGAGCCCUUUGUCAUUGCUAACCAGGGCUAUGGCUAUGGGACAGCAGCUCCAGGAAUCUCCUCCAGGCCUGGCACUGGUCCCUACAUUGCUGGCCACAACCUAAUAAAGGCUCACGCUGAGGCCUGGCAUCUGUACAACGAUGUGUACCGUGCCCGUCAAGGUGGCAUGAUUUCCAUCACCAUCAACAGCGACUGGGCUGAGCCUAGAGACCCCUCCAACCAGGAGGAGGUGGAGGCCGCCAGGAGAUACGUUCAGUUCAUGGGAGGCUGGUUCGCACAUCCGAUUUUCAAGAAUGGGGAUUACCCCGAGGUGAUGAAGACACGGGUCCGUGACAGGAGCUUGGCGGCAGGCCUCAACAAGUCUCGGCUCCCUGAGUUCACAGAGAGUGAGAAGAGGAGGAUCAACGGCACCUAUGACUUUUUUGGGUUCAAUCACUACACCACUGUCCUGGCCUACGAUCUCAACUAUGCCUCUUGGAUCUCUUCCUUCGAUGCAGACAGGGGAGUUGCCUCCAUCACAGAUCGCUCUUGGCCAGACUCUGGCUCCUUCUGGCUGAAGAUGACACCUUUCGGCUUCAGGAGGAUCCUGAACUGGUUAAAGGAGGAGUACAACAACCCCCCGAUCUACGUAACAGAAAAUGGAGUGUCCCAGCGGGAAGAAUCAGACCUCAACGACACUGCUAGGAUCUACUACCUCCGCAGUUACAUCAACGAGGCGCUCAAAGCUGUGCAGGAUAAGGUGGACCUUCGAGGAUACACGGUUUGGACUCUGAUGGACAACUUUGAGUGGGCCACAGGCUUUGCAGAGAAGUUCGGUGUGCAUUUCGUGAACUAUACUGACACUUCUCUGCCAAGGAUCCCCAAAGCGUCGGCCAAGUUCUACGCCUCCAUAGUCCGGUGCAACGGCUUCCCUGACCCCGCUGCAGGGCCACACCCUUGUCUGCAGCAAGAUGCUGAGCCCACCGCCAGCCCCAUGAGAGAAGAGGACGUUCAGUUCCUGGGGCUCAGGCUGGGUACAACAGAGGCCCAGACAGCACUGUAUGUACUCUUUGCUCUAAUGCUUCUUGGAGUCUCUGGUGUGGCAUUUCUGUCCUACAAGUACUGUAAGCGCUCCAAGCAAAAGCAAACACAACCAGGUGAACAGGAAUUGAGCCAUAGUUCUUCACUCUGACCUCAAGUUACCACCUCCUCCAGUUCUGCAAAAUAGGCCUUGUUUCUUUGAAGCCUUUGCCACCUCCAGGACCAGUGAGGAUCUUAUACUUUACCCAUAACAGAGUUUGUACAAGUCUCUGCACUAUUAGAUACUAAUUAAACUUGAAGGAUUUCAAGUCCCUGAUUAAAAUGGAAAUAUCUCCACCUUGCCCCAGUAUCAGGAAUUCACGUGGGCAUUAGAUGACCCUGCGAGUGGCUCUUGUGGAAAUAAGUAGAUACUGAAUGUGUCUACUGGUUCUGUGAGCCACUGAACUGGGCUGUUUUAAUUUUCAGAGAUUUUAAAAGCAAAAACAUUAGUAAGAACCAUAGCAAUCCUUUUCAUAAAAAAUCAACUGCAAUGUCAUCUCCUGCCCUCUCUCUUCAAGCUCCCUCCCAGACGCUUACCUUGUGUUUCUCAGAAACUAAAAAGGUGCUAUUAACUGUGUCCUAUCUAUCUUCUAUGGGUGCUUCUCCUUGAGAAGGCAGGUUCCACAGAAGUUAUGACUGUCCGCUUGUAUAGCUUCACCACAGUAAUCCUCUGCUGUUAGCUUUCGGAGGCCAGAGGGCCACGUCUCAGUGUCCCUGGCAGGCACAUUUUGGAGACAAGGCAGAGGAAACACACCCGCUGCAUUUGUGUGCUCAUUCACAAAACAUAUGCUGAGUAGCAGCGAGUCUUUAUCAAUGCCCCUCGGAGGUGCUAAUCAGACAGUCACAGUAUGGAACACUCAAACUUGUUUAGUCUAUAUAUUCUUCCUAGAUAUCUGGGAGAAAGUUUUUUUAAAAACUGAGCAGUUUUCAACUGGUUUUAAAAGGCCAAUCACACUCGAAAUUUUGCUUCUUAUAAGUGUUCCUUACCUGAAUUGUAUCUAUAGAAAAUUCCUAUCAAAAUGUUCCACUGCCGUGGGCCCCAACCUGACAGUCAGAAUUGCGGGGCACAAGCAUUUUUCUCCUACCAAUAGACAGAAAAAGUUUAUCAGAUGGGGUGAAGACGGUUCUAAAAGUGAUAUCAGAGACAUUCGUAUAAGCUUUCAAUUAUACCUGAAGUCAAUAUAACUUUUUUUUGGGGGGGGGCCAGGACAUGAAAAAGAAUAAUAUAAAGCUUCACAUGAAACAAACCUGAGAAAAGAUCCAGGAUAAAUCUGGGGGGGAAAAGAAUAUAAAAUAUAUUAUAAAACUAGUUAUAAAAAGUAGUUUUGAAAGAGAGAAUAGAAAGAUCAACAAAGGAAAAUAGAGCCGAGACAAACCAGCCACGCAUGGGAACCGGGUGCAUGACAGAGGCGGCCUGCCAAAUCAGGGGCAGGGGGCAGGUGGAUGAUGGACCACUCCAUAAAUGGAGGUGGCUCACAGGUUAGCUCUUGAGGAUGUUAGCCACAGGCGGGAAAAGGGAGCCACAUCCCUUACUCGGAUACAAGAUGUAAAUGUAAAAAAAUGAAACCACGAGAAUGCUGGAAUAGAUGGGUAAAUUUUUUUAAAAUUACUUUCUGAAAUGGGAAAAGUAUUUUAUAAUCAAGACUUAAGACCCAGAGGCCAUAAAGAAAAACGCUGAUAUAGGACCACAUAAAAAUUGUGGCAAGAAAUUACCAUCAACAUACUCAUCAAAAGAUGAACAGGGAGAAGAUAUUUAUAGCAUAUGCUAGACAAAGGGCUCACUUUCUUAAUAUACGUGAAAUUGUUAUAAAUCAAUAAGAAAAAGAUGAUAAACACAAAAUGAAAGAAAACACAGGCAGUUCUCAGAAAAUAAAUCAAAAUAACCAAUAAUAUUAAAAGAUGCUCACCUUCAUUCAUAAUCAACACAAUGCAUAUAAAAUGCAUACAGUUUUUCAUUUAUCAUGUUGACAAAGAUGCAAAAGUAUAAUACAAUGCUGCCAAGGAUGUGGGGAAAUCAACAUCCUCCUACCUGUUAGCUGCUGUAAAUUCACAGAGCCUUUACAGGAGGCAAUUCCCCAGCAUUUUUUAUAAUCCAAACUGCAAACACCCUUUGACUCAGUGACGUUCAAGUAUACUUCCACAACUAAGAAGACACCUUCCCAAAGAUGUUCACUGUAGCAAUGUUUGUAAUAGAAAAACAAACACAAGUACAAAAACUGUAAUAACCAAUGAACGCAACCAGAGAAUGGGUAAGUUUAUCAAGUGAAAUGCUUUGCAGCCGUUAAUGAGAAUGAGGUAGCUAUGUGUUGAUGGGGAAAGAUCUUCAAGACUGUGUAC